AUGAAAGGUGAUGGCUUUGUGGUAAGUGUAAGUCCUUCUGAAAAGAAGAGCCGCAAGAAUGCCAAAACACUGAUUCAAAAUGCGAAGACGAUUAUAAGAAAAAUCAAAAGGAAUGUUGUAAAAAAACUUGAAAUUUAUGGAAAUAAAACAUUAUGUGUUCAGAUGAAGGUAAACAAACGGCAUAUCAGGUGCCAGAAGAAACCAUGUGUUCCUCAAAAAGAACAACCUGUGUCUGGUAUAACCAUACAGGACUCAUGUGGUGCUUCAAUCAAUCAAGGAGUCACUACUUCCAAUACCGUGGAAUUAGACACAAGAGAUCAUCUGAGAGGAUGUUCUCUGAAUCCUAAGAAACAAAAAGCAAAGAAAACUUUGAGAAUCACAAAUAUUGACAAGGAAAUAUUACAUCAAAUUGCUGCUCAUAACAAAAAAGAGGUUCUACAUAAGAGCGAAACAACUUUAUUGCAAGAAUUAUAUCAGCCAAUUGUCCCAGAUAAAGUGGGUGAAUCAACUUUUCCACAAAACGUAAAUGAACCAACCGUGCCAGAUGAAGUGGGUGAAUCAACAUUUCCACAAAAUGGAAAUGAACUAACCGUGCCAGAUGAAGUGGAUGAAUCAACUUUUCCACAAAACGUAAAUGAACCAACCAUGCCAGAUGAAGUGGGUGAAUCAACUUUUCCACAAAACGGAAAUGAACCAACCAUGCCAGCUCAAGUUGAUAAACGACCAUGUGUUCCUCAAAAAGAACAAUGUGUGUCUGGUAUAAUCACACAGGACUCAUGUGGUGCUUCAAUCAAUCAAGGAGUCACUACGUUCAAUACUGUGGAAUUAGAUGCAUCAGAUUAUCUGAGAGGAUGUUUUUUCCAUCCUAAGAAACAGAAAGCAAAGAAAUCUUUGAGCAUCAAAAAUAUUAAAAAGGAAAUAUUACAUCAGAUUGCUGCUCAAUUCAAAAAAGAGUUUCUACAUAAGAGCAAAACAACUUUUCUCCAAGAAUCAUAUCAGCCAAUUGUUUUAGAUAAAGUGGUUGAACCAACUUUUCCACAAAAUGUAAAUGAACCAAUCGUGCCAGAUGAAGUAGAUAAAUCAACUUUUCCACAAAACGUAAAUGAACCAACCGUGCUAGAUGAAGUGAGUGAACCUACUUUUCCACAAAACGGAAAUGAACCAACCAUACCAGCUCAAGCUGAUGAACAACCUGUGUCACAAGAAACAGGUCCUAGUGACAUACCUGAGAAGGACCAAGAACCACACACAGAUGUGCAUUGUGUUGACAAAAAGCAAGAUGGGCAAUGGCUACCAUGGCUCAACCUCACACAUGAGCACAAGGACAUUAUAAUCAAUGAUAAGUGGUUAGAUGACACAAUAAUUGAUGCUGCCCAGACUCUUCUUAAAAUGCAGUUCGAUACAGAUGGAUUGCAGAGUUGUGUCCUAGCACAAAUUGGCAUGACGCCUGUGACCAGGGAGGCUGUUCAAAUUCAUUAUGAUGCGAACCGUCACCACUGGUUCACAACAGCCUUCAAGAAAGGGAUUGUUGAGGUUGUGGACAGUUUAAGAACAUCACACCUGUCUUCUUCAGCCAGAAGAGAGAUUGGCCAAUUCUAUGGUAAUGUCAUGAAGAACCCACUUAAACGAGUUCACAUGCGGAAAGUGGACCAGCAACCAAACUAUGACGAUUGUGGUGUUUUCGCAAUUGCAAAUGCUUUUGAGUUGCUCAGUGGAAGAAAUGCAACAUGCAAAUAUCUUCAUCAUCAAAUGAGAAAACAUCUCAUCUCUUGCUUGGAGAACGGAAAAAUCACAGAAUUCCCAAAGAAAUUUUAA